UAAGUCCACGAAAGGAUCGGAUGAAGGGCUUCCAGAUGAUGAUGUUGUCGGGGCGAAGGACAUGCAAAUACAUAUUAAAUAAAGAAGUCACUUUCUUCUUUGUUUCCUCCUUGCUGCCUUAAAACUUGAUCCGCGAUUUACUUGUUUUAAGCCAGCCAAAACAAACAUUCUUAGCUUCGUCAAAAGCAACAACUAAUAAUGCAAUAAACAAUAAAAAGCUACAAUAUGGACAAGUGGGCAACACGCAGUGUGGUGUAAAAUUUCAACGCGCGGCAGGUGAAACAAUCGCUAAUUGUUUUAGGAGGCAAUAAGGUGUGAAAUUCCAGACUUUUUGACUUUGGCUUUGGCUUUUCGCUCGCGGCACAAAACUUUUUAGGCAGCCAAACGAAAAUUACGCAUACGCCGCAUUGUCUUACACUGAAUUAAGCAGAAGAAGUGGAAGUAGAAGUAGAAGUACAAGUAGAAGUAAGAAGCUAAGUGAAAAUAACUCAUACGCCACGUAGAAAUCAGAUGAUGCAGAGCAUCUGUACAAAAAAAAGUGUUCUAUAAUGGGUUAAUACAGGUUGUGCGAUUGUUUUGUCGCCGCAACUUUAAUUGGUGUCUGUCGCAGAUGAAAUAUCACAAUUUCGCUCAAUUUCACACCAUGGCUAAAAACUCAAUUCGUAUUAAUUGCGAAUUGCGAGUGAAUAGCCGCGUUUCGUAAUGACAAUUUGACACGCUCGGUCGAUUUAAUCGUGGUGCUAUAAAAGCAGCGCCCGAAACUCAAAUGGUCAACAGUUAACAUCUGGACAUUUGGCAAGAUGCAUCUGAAUCUGAAAUAUUUCAUUGCUCUGCUACUAGUGCUGCUUUGCAGCUCCUUUGCGGUGGCCUAUCCCCAGGGCCCUGGAUGUGGCCCACCGCCAAGUGGCACCCCUCCCCCGGGCCCACGACCAUCUGGUCCUCCACCUGGAGGUCGCUGCGGACCACCACCAUCGACCACGGCUGCGUCCACCGGUUAGAUUUGUCCACCUCUGCGGCUUACGACUCCAAUUCCCAGCAAUAAGGCUUACUACUGAAACGUCACCUAGAAAAUCCUUAUAAGUAUCUUUUUUUUUGUCAAUCAAACUAGAUGAAAAAGUAUAUGUAUGUGUGCAUAAUAGCUGAA